AAUAUCUUUCUUCAGUACUAAGAUGGGCUAAUCUGUAGAAGCAGUUUACUCAAGUAUCACCCCAGGUGCCAGGAGGAUCAGGAACAUUUAGAGCGAAAUUUUUCCUUGUAAAAAAGCUAACCUUUUCACAGCACUCAAAUGCUUUAAGAUUUUCUUUAUAAUUAAACAAAAAACUGGAAAUAAACUUUUCAGGUGGAUGAUCACACUGGUUUGGGAAGGACUGUCAAAUUUACAAGAUUCGUUAUCCUCCUUGAGAAGACAUGAAAGAAUAUGUGCUGCUUCUCUUCUUCGCUUUAUGCUCUGCUAAACCUCUCAUUGGCCCUUCAUAUUUUACAUUAAAGAACAUGAUGCUUCAAGACAUGGAAGAUGCAGAUGAUGAUGAUGACGACGAUAACUCUCUAUUUCCAACUAGAGAACCAAUUCUACCGCUCAUUCCUUUUGAUAUAUUUCCAGUAUGCCCUUUUGGAUGCCAGUGCUACAUGAGAGUUGUCCAUUGCUCUGAUCUAGGUCUGACCUCAAUACCAAGCAAUAUUCCACCUGAUACUCGUAUGAUAGACCUACAAAACAACAAAAUUAAAGAAGUCAAAGAGAAUGAUCUCAAAGGACUCACCUCACUUUAUGCACUUGCUUUGAACAACAACAAAAUAUCCAAGAUCCACCCCAAAGCCUUUCAACCAACAAAAAAACUGCGGCGACUGUAUCUAUCCCAUAAUCAGCUGACUGAGAUCCCAGACAACCUGCCAAAAUCUUUAGCAGAGCUAAGAAUUCAUGCCAACAAGGUUAAAAAAAUACACAAGGAAGCAUUUAAAGGAAUGAAGUCUUUACAUGUUUUGGAAAUGAGUGCAAAUCCUCUGGACAACGCCGGAAUAGAGCCAGGAGCUUUUGAAGGAGUGACUAUCUAUCAUAUAAGAAUUGCAGAAGCUAAAUUAACCUCAGUUCCUAAAGAGUUACCAUCCUCCCUACUGGAACUUCACUUAGAUGACAACAAGAUUUCAAUGAUUGAACUUGAGGAUUUUAUUCGGUAUAAAGAUCUACAAAGAUUGGGUCUGGGCAACAAUAAAAUUAAAGAUGUGGAAAAUGGAAGUCUUGCUAAUAUUCCAAGUUUGCGAGAAAUACAUCUUGAAAGAAAUAAGCUGAAGAAAGUUCCUCCUGGAUUGCCUUAUCUAAAAUAUCUGCAGGUAGUCUUCCUUCACAAUAACAAUAUCCCAAAAGUGGGAAUAAAUGACUUCUGUCCAACAGAAAGAAGCAUGAAAAAGGCAUUAUACAGUGGAAUCAGCUUAUUCAACAACCCUAUGAAAUACUGGGAAGUUCAGCCUUCAACAUUCCGUUGCAUUUUAAGCGCAAAUAGCGUGCAACUUGGAAAUUUACGAAAGUAACACAAAAUUAGCAUAUUCACAAACAAUCUUAAAAUAGGAAUAGCCUAUGUUUCUGGUUUUUAUAAUACUUGAAAUCUAUUGAAAAAUGGCAGUUUACCACAACUUAACCAGUUAACAAAUAUAUCUACUAACUUAGAGGCUGUAAGGUAGGAUUUCUAUAAAGGGACACAGACAGAUGCAACAAACAUUGCUUUAUACAGUCUUAAAACCCUAUUAAAAAUCAAGUGGAUGAAUAGCAAACAGUGCUAUGGCAAUAUCAAUUGGCCGGAACUGCAUAAAAAUGAUAAAACAGGAAUAACACUAAAGUGAUUAGCAGUGAUACUUUCACCGGGAAGCAGUAGCAUGUCUGUCUGCUAGUGAAAAACUACAAACUAAAAGCCCUUUGAAAAAGGGGAGAAAUUGAAGUAUUUUAUAUACAUGUCUGUCCACCCUUAAUACUAAUCCUUUGUUUUAUUUGACAAUGUUCAAUUUAUAAUUUGAGUAAAUUAUAUAAAAAGCUUGAUAUUUUCAAGGAAGAAAGGAAUAAUUUAUAAAAACUGUAAUGGAAACUGCAUGUUGAUGUUUCCUAUUAGAUUAUUUCCUUUCUUAACAAAAACAAUGAAAAUUAAGUAAAAAUAAUGUUAUUAUUAAGGAUAUGUUUCUGUACUGAGAAUGUUUUAUUUAAAUAUGUGUAUAUGGAAUGUAUGAAAAUAUAGCAAACAAAAUAUGAGAUUUCAAGGCCAAGUCAUGUGCCAGUUCUGGUCAUUGUUAAAAUAAAUAAGGCUAAGAUGCAAUUAAAAGGUAUUCUAUUUUGAGUUCCUCUGCCAUUAAAACAGGCAGAACUGAUAUUAGGACCUUAAAACUUCUUAAGGCUUUUGUAUUUAUCCUUGCAACUUUUUACUGAAAAAUGCUCAAAAUCUCAUUACCAACAUAAUUUGAUGUACUCUGAACUAUAAAGGUAACAUUAAAGUUUUAACAUUAGCUUCAUAAUUAAUAGGAACUUACUAAACUAUCUGUAAGCUAGCACAAACAUAGUAACAUGUAUCUAUAUAAACUGCAAUCAUGUUCUUUAUUUUACAUACCAUUUACCAUUUUAAUUGUACAUAGAUUAGACAGCCCACAAAACUAAUAACUAUCCUGAAGUUGUGGAACCUGAGCAACAUGUAGUGGGAAGCUAAUGGUUCUGACUGCAUAUAUAGGUAAAUAUGUAAAAUAUUCAUACUGAGAGUACUGUAAAAUGAAUAUUUUAUAUAUCUAUUUAGUGUAUAUUUGUCAUUGGCAUUCAACAUAAAUUAAGUGAACUUAAAGAACACUCUGAAAUGUAUGACUUGUAAUAAAAACAUUGGAGUGAAAGCAA